GCCGCCAUUGGCUGUGCGCGGGCGCGUUUCCCGCGCGCGGGCGGGCGCGAUGGCGGCGGAGCGCGGCUUGGAGCUGGUGCGGGAGCUGCACCGCGCCGCCGGCGGGCACCUCCCGCCCUUCCGGACGGAGGAGAUGCGGCAGGCGCUGGAGGAGAUGCGGGCGCUGUACGAGCGGAACCAGGCGGACGUGUCCGAAGCGAAGUCGGGACGCACGGACCUGAUUUUCCUCAUCCGGUUCCGGCACUGCUGCCUGCUCCGGAACCAGCGCUGCCUCCUGGCUUACCUGUAUGACCGGUUGCUGCGGAUCCGAGCGCUGAGGUGGGAGUAUGGCAGCGUUCUGCCCAACACCAUCCAGUUCCACAUGUCAUCUGAGGAAGUGGAGUGGUUCAAUCGGUACAAAAAGUCUCUGGCUACCUACAUGAGGUCAGUAGGAGGAGAGGAGGGGCUGGACCUCACACAGGACAUCAAACCUCCUAAAAGCCUGUACAUUGAAGUGCGGUGUUUAAAAGACCAUGGGGAAUUUGAGAUCGAUGAUGGCACUACCAUCCUGCUGAAGAAGAACAGCCAGCACUUUUUACCCCGCUGGAAGUGCGAGCAGUUGAUCAGACAAGGAGUCCUGGAGCACGUUCUGUCCUAAGUGUGCAGCACAGGAGGGACAGCUCUUGGUUGCUGGCCUGCCCACGAUGGGGACUGAGCUCUGGUGUGCACAGGACUUCAGACACUUCAGUAUUUCUGCACUCCUAACAGCCUUUGAUGCCUUAAAACCACAGCUCUUCAUGAGCAAAGGGUGCCUGCUGGUAAUACAUCAAUCCUGGGGAGCCAGGAUAGCGAGGGGAAGGGCAUUACCCAAGCCCCACAGCUACAACCAGGGUUUCCAAAUGCAAUUCUGUUUGGAGUAGUUCUUUAUUCCCACUGUGCAUGUGGGAGUAAGACACCAACUGGCUGGGCUCUAGAAGCCACCAAAACUCCACAGUUUCAAAAUAAAGAACUCCUUCAGCCUCA